AUGCCGCCACUGGGAAAGAUGUGCGAGUUCGACCCGAAAACGCAAAACUUCGAGUCGUACUUAGAGCGUUUUGAACAUUUCUUAACGGCUAAUGAUGUCGUCGACGCAAAGCGCCUUCCCGUCUUUUUGACAGUCAUAGCACCAGAGGCUUACGAAGUACUGAGAAGUCUUGUUGUGCCGGCAGCCCCGGGAGAAAAGUCGUACGCAGAAGUUAAACGCCUCCUGAAGGAGCACUACAGCCCCAGGAGUUACGUAAUAGCAGAACGAUGCAAGUUCAACCGGCGCGUACAACAGGAGGGCGAAAGCGUGGAGGGGUUCAUCGUGGAACUUAAACAUUUAGUCAGGAAGUGUGACUACGGUGACUUUUUGCAAGACGCCCUCCGAGAUAGGCUGGUUGCUGGCCUACGGAACGAAGAGACCCAGCGUGCUCUGUUUGCUGAACGAGAGCUGACAUUUGAUGGUGCUUGCAAAAUCGCCCAGGACCGAGAACUAGCGGCGCGAGACACUGAACAGCUGCGGUCAAGAGAACGAGAGGCACCCGUGCUAGUCGUGAAAAGCCAACCACACAAGUAUCAGACACCAGCUAAUCCUAAGCAUGUUGAAGCCCGCAAGAACGAGCGCAGGUUCGUGGUGGGGGACCGAGUGUUGGUGAAAACUGUGCGUGGUGAACGCGUUUCGUGGGAAGAAGGUGUUGUGAUCCAAAUUGUCAGUGCUGCGACAUAUAUGGUGAAAGUGCGCGAUCAACUCCGGUUCACACACGCCGAUCACCUGCGUCCUGGACAUGCUGACCCCGUCGAGACGCCCCCGCCCGCGGAGGUGGGUGUAAAACAAACGCCACCAGAAGGGCUACCGGCAGACGACCGCACUCCGACACCAAGACAACCGCAGGCCGACCAGGAUGGUCCCAGUUCCCCUGGAACGCCGGCAGACCCCGAUCGCAGAACAACACUAGAGCCGACGAAUCAGUACCGCCACCCACACAGCAGCCUGUACCGCAAGACUUGA